AUGGCCGAUUUAAAUAUCCAAUCGAAUCACGGAAACUAUACAGACAAUAUUCAAUCCGAUCAACUGAAUAGUAUUAACUCUAGCGACGAUCACCAUACAAACGGUUGUCCAUUAAAUCAGACAAUUCCUACGGACUUUGACUACACAAACAUGGAACAACCAAUUACUAUAAACUCUAAUGGCGUUUAUUCUUACCAUCACAGUCAAAUGCCUCCUCAACCGUCUGACAUGGGCUUCUUAAGCCAUGACAGCAUUUACAUGGGUAUGAAUGAAUCUUUGAAUACCGAAAAUUACGGGUGCGUCGGAAACGGUGAAAAUGGAGCCAACUAUUCGACGAUGAAUUACAAUUCGAGUAAUUACAACCCACAUUCUAUUUAUUGUUUACCUCCUCAAACGGAUAGCGGUUAUACUCAUAAUCCUCUGAUAGUUUUGUAA